UCGGCCUUUAGGGGAAGGUGGAAAUUAAAGAGAGAUUUCAGCGAGAGACGGGGAGAUUUGGGGGUUAUUUGAUCGCAAUACAACACUGCUGGCACUUCAUCCGAACAAUAUUUGGCAUGAAGUUGCCAUUGUAAAGAGUCUGGCCCCAGAGAAAGCAGGAGAUAAAAGAACAGAUUGCUCAACAGGCGGCCCUGGCCUGAAAUUUGGGCUAAUUUCCUCAUUUUUUAAGUAAACAUGAAAGUGGGAAAGAUCAGAAGGUUCCUGCUGGUCACAGACAGGAUGGAGGACGCGGUGUUCACCAGGGGUCAGCCCGUUUCUGGCCGAGUGAUCCUCGACCUCCGCGCUGCGGUCCGGGUCCGCUCGCUCCUGAUCUGUGCAAAGGGGAUAGCUGCGGUCCACUGGCUGGAGAGCCGGAGUAUCGGCAUGAACACUGUUUACUCCGAUUACAGCUCGUACGAAACCUACUUCAAGAAGCGGCUGCAUGCAAUCCGAGAUAACGGAAGUUUCACAGUUCUCCAGGCUGGUCGUCAUGAGUUCCCAUUCAGCUUCCAGCUUCCUGAAGAGAACUUGGUCACAUCCUUUGAGGGAAAGCAUGGCAGCGUGAGAUACUGGGUCAAAGCCAAGCUUCACCGCCCCUGGGCCACCGUCAAGAAAAUCAAAAAGGAUUUCACAGUGAUCGAGCCGAUCGAUAUCAACACGCCUUCAUUAUUGGCCCCACAAGCAGGCACAAAGGAGAAGUCAGCUCGUGUCUGGUACUGGAACCUUGGCCAUCUAGCUCUGACAGCAAAAAUUGACCGGAAAGGCUACACACCAGGUGAGGUGAUCCCAAUUUUUGCCGAAGUGGACAACUGCUGCUCCCGCACAGUGACUCCAAAAGCAGCCAUCAUCCAGAUGCAGACCUUCAUUGCCAGGGGCACGACCAAGCAGAAGAAAUCGGUGGUGGCCACCCUACACGGUGAAGGGGUCGCCCCGCGCAAGAGGGGGACGUGGCACGGGCGCCCACUGAAGAUCCCACCUGUCUCGCCUUCUCUCCAGUGCCGUGUGAUCCGUGUGGAUUAUACACUAAGGGUGUACAUCGAAAUACCCGGAACAUCCAAACUGUCCCUGGAGCUGCCGCUAGUGAUUGGCACCAUCCCAUUGCACCCGUUUGGAAGCCGUUCGUCCAGCGUGGGGAGCCAGUACAGUAUGGACAUAGACUGGCUGCGUCUCACACUCCCAGAGCGGCCAGAGCCACCUCCUGAUUACCUGGAGGUAGUCUCUGAGGAAGAGGCUGGCCAGACAGACCAAAGACUGUCCAUUCCUGAGAAUGAGGAAGAACAAGGGGGAAUGCUGGGACAUCCCUUCUUUGUCUAUGUGCAGGAGUUCCGAAAUCGCCCCCCACCCAUUUAUUCAGAGAUUGACCCUCAUCCCCAGAGACUGGAGAUGCGACGCCGAUGUAUGACCUGCUGAAGAUUCCUCUGCGUAAUCCUGGGGGAGAAAAUGAAGCAGAAGAGAGAUUUUAGAUCCCACUUUCAGAGCCUUGGCUAAUGCCAGCACCUUGAAGAGGAAAUUCAGGAUAUUGCUGUCUGAAAGUGAAAGGGACAGUGUUUGAAAGGGAGGAGAGCACGACCUCUGAUGCUACAAGUCUGAUCAUCAGCUACCUUCGCCUUUUACUGUGCUAUUUGUCAUCUUCUCUUGGGGUUCCGCUUCGCUGAGCUUGGCGCCUUGUCGAACGGUAGACCACUGGGGGUCUGAUGAGUUGGGUGUGACUGUGCGGCAGGGGAUGGGGAGGUCGUGGUUGGCCGUGCCUGGACCUUGAGCCCAGCAAGACCACCUCCCUGCCAGAGCAACUGUAUGGCUGUAUGUCUCAGCAGAUGGUACUUUCACAUGUGGGGUAACUGUGGGGAGGAGGUGUCUCAAUGACAGCUUCUGACUCUGACAGCUAGGUAGCCACCCUAUUAAGCUGAUGCUUGGAAGUUUGCAGAAGGGCAGGAGAAAGUUCAGAGCACCUGAUGAAGAUGCAACGGCAUGAUGGUCUAAUCCUGUCAGAUUUAAUCUGCCUGCUCUGUGAGUACCACUGGCCAGUGGUUACCAUGCCUGGACUCUUCCCAUAGAUUGGAAGGGUGCCCAGUCCUUGAUGGAAUAGUGGAGGUGUGAAGAUCUAGUCUUCAGUGGCAGAGAGGAGUUUCAAAAUCAGGGAUUUUCAUUUUUUUUAAAAAUGUUUCUCAACAGUUCCUCCAUCUAAUCCUUUUUGACCCAAACAGUCAGUCCAAAUUCUAAGGCAGGCCAAUACUGUCUGUAGUGCAGUAUUGGAAUACUUGAUCUGUAAUCUUUAAUGUUUAGGCUGCACCUUUGUUUAAAAGUGAACGAUGGACAAGGUGAGCAUGGGGAGGAAUGAAGAAGAAGGAUAGGGUUAGGUUAGUGAGAUGGGUUUUGUAGGAAGUAAUUGGUCAGUGAGAUGGGUUUUGAAGGAGAGGGAGAAGUGGAGAGCCAGAGAGUUUUUGGAAGGAAUACUUGUAUAAUUUUUUUGAAAAGUGAUGGGCUUACAGUUUAACUUUAUUGCAGUUGUGUGGUUAAUAAAGAUGGGUUAUGAUAGCAUCAUAUGUGAUCAGCAAAAACAACUUUCUCUGUAACCAUUAACCUUUUACAAAGGGCUUCACGUUAAAUUCUGUAGAUUACCAAAGGAUCGAAGGAAAGGCAGAUUAUGAGCUGACCAUCUCCAUACUGUGGAGAUGUGCCUAUAACAAGAUUUUGGGUCAUGCCAGUCCUCUAGCCUUAGAAACGGAGGAGCUUUGUGCAUUUGCUUCAGACUUUCACUGAAGGAUAUUGAUCUUUGAUUUUUGAUGUACACUUUGCCUAUUUUUUUUUAAAUAAAAAAAUGUACUUCUUAGCAAAUGUAAUUACAAUCCAUGCUGGUGACAUGUGGUGAAUGAUAUUAAAGAUUAUCAAGCAUCUGGGAUUAAAAAAUAAUUUCCAGUAAACUGCUAAGAGCAAAUACUCAAGGGUGCAUUUUAUAUUAAAAACUUAUAUUUUUCUCUCGAUGUUAGUUGUGAAAAUAGUGGAGAUGGGUGGAAAAGCCUACUGAUGAACAUCAUCCAUUUCAUAUUCUCCAAUUGUUUGAGAUGAGAAUAACAGAGAAACAGAAAGCUGUAUGAUAAUCUACAGGGAUAAUGCCAGUUCAAUUGGCAACUACUUGGUUUGAAGGAGAUGUUUCCAAUUAUUGUAUGGAAGAUUGAUGAUAAAUCUUCCAUUUUGUAUAACAAAUCUAAGAUACUUUUCAAACAGUUAAAUACUUUGUUUAAAAUAUAUAUUUUUGUAUCUUUUCCUAUACAAUAAAAUAUUUCUAAAUUA